AUGGAAAAGGCACCCAACAAGCGCGUUUCUAAAGAGGUUAAAGAGGAUGUAAAUCGGAUAGAACAACUCAAACUGAAAUUUAUAGUCAUUAGGAUGUGGUUUACAUGCGGCGAAACACCACCACAAUCAGUUAAAAUAACAAUAUUCGGAGUACUUGCUCUAAUCUUUGCAGCGUUCAAAGUAGGAACAAAUUGCUACAAAAGCAUUAGAUAUCUUGACCAUAAAACACCUCAAAACUAUGCCUUAUUGGUAACCACGAUUUUUAUUGUUGUCCCUUCAUUAUAUAUACUAUUUAUAUCAUUCUGCUGCUGGAGAAGAAUAGCAGGAUAUGAUUGGUGGAUGAUCCCCCACCUUACUUAA